GCGCCGAGCUUCAGCCGUGCUCCUUCGCACAUGGGUCAUUCCCCGGGCAGCUCCGCAUCUGUCCUUCCUUCGGCCCGGGCUUUCCCUUCCAGGCCCCGUCCUGUCCUCAUGGCGCCUGCGGCCUUCUUGGAGAUUAGGCAGAGGAUGCAGAGCGGGUUGCUGAUCAUCCGCGCAUCAAAGCCGGAAAGCUGGGCCAUGGAUAUUACUGUGAAAGCAUCCUCCAUAGAAAUAAAAAAUGGUGAAGACUGUCAGAUGCUCAACCUUCCACCAGAGGUCAGGAUUGUUCCUUCCUCCUGUCGAGGACUACAGUAUGUGCCUGGGGAUGGCUUACAUGUGAGACUGCUAGUUCAGGCAGGUUUACAUACAAAAUCAAUUUCAGCUCUGAAAGACAGCCUUAAAUCCCAAAAGAGUUACACCUUUUACUGCCAAUCUUGCGGCGAGAGUGUAAUAAAAGAUAGGAGGUUUCUCAGAAUUCUUUCCCUUCCUGGUGAAAACUGGAGUGAUUUGGUAGAGGAAUGGUGCUGCCAUCCCAACCCGUUCAGCAGCAGCCUGUUGCUCCCUCAAAACGAUGAUUGCUUUCUUGGACACAAUUAUUUCCUGGUGAAUUCAGGAAGUGAGCCCCCUGUGUCAAGGUCUAAAUUACUUCAUUCGGAAUCUCAGGGUGCUUCUCCUGGGAACAGUGGUCCUUCUGCCUUGAAUUCAAAGGCAAAUAGCAGAGUAAUUUGCAAGCGCUGCAAGACAUUGUUGGGAGAGGCUCUGUCCACAGGUGUCAUAAAAUAUUAUUUCAGUGAACUGCUUGUUCAGCCAUCUGAAGAGAGCUUCGGCACAAUAACAAGAUCUCUAUUUAUACAGAGCGUUGUAGCCCAGUGCCUUGUAGAGCUUUCUUCAGCCCGAAGCACGUUCAGGUUCAGCAUACAGGGGACUGAGGGCACAGUCUACAUCUUGAUGUGGCUACUGAAUUCUGACACGUUAUUGGUGGAAUCUUCUGGAAACUCAACCUUCAAUAAUGGUUUUACAUUAUUUGAACAUAAUGUGGUGUCUAAUUCAAAGCCUUUGGAUAUUAGGAAUACUAUCAAAGUUCUUUAUCAUCCCUGCCUUAAAAGCAGAAAUAAGGACCUUGUUGAUGCAUGGGAAAAUGACUUUGGAGUACAUUCUCUAACAUUUCCAUCCAAAACCUGUUUGGAACUGCUGCUGAUACUGGCUCAAAGUAAUGCUUCUCUGCCGCUUUCCCUUCGCUGCAUGAACUCUUUUGAGGUUGCAUUUUUGAAGAUGUGAAGAACUGGGACCUGUUUUUUUUUUAAAAUGCCUCUCAAGUUAACCUUCAGCAGCAGAGGGCUGCAAAGAUAACAUCUCCAGUAGGGGUUCUUUCCAGAAGAGAUGCUGAGGCUCCAAAACAAAAAAGGAUGUUAGCUGUAUUUUUAAUUUGCUGUUUGUUGACUUUGGAGGCUUAAAAAGCACGAGAAAAGUGACAUCGCCCAGUUGCUCAGGCCGGGAGGUGGAUGUUGCAGAGCAGUUCAGAGAGCGGCUUAAUUUGGGAUGUCAGGACUCUGAGAUCAUUGUAAAUAAUGCCCUACUGAUUCUCCCAAGAGAAGUCAGUUAUCUUCCACAGAAACUUCAGCUUUACAAAGAAGGAGCUGAUUGCGGCCAAUUUAUCCUUUCUGGGAAAUAAACAGGCAGCUAAGACUGAGCAUUUGACACUGCAGUUUCAAGUGAAAUGCGUUCUUGAACUAUGAACCCCAAUCACACAGAAGAAUCUUGUGUGUUUUAGCUUUAAUUUUCAUUAUGUUUUGCUUUCUUGUGUAUAAUUUUUUCUUUCUAAAAGAUAGGCUUAUAUGUGAAUUAUGCAUAGGUCCACAUAUAUGUGCAUUUUUAUAAUAUAUACUGCAGCUGCAUGGCUGUGUGGAAAGCACAGUUUCUGUCCAGUUGCUUGCAAUGUGUACAGAAAGAAUAAGAAAAUACUUUUCUAAGAGAGUCUGAAUUUUCUAUAUUUUAGCACAUACCCUUUUUUUUUUUGUAACACACUGAAACAAACUAGCAGAAAAGAUGCAAUUUAUUUAGGUGUUUGUAUUGUUUGUAUGAACUCAAUCCACCAAGGCUGUUUCUUCGUCCAUUGUGCAAGAAUAUACAGAAGAGAGUAGAAGAUCUGAAUGCCUGUUAUAGAUUUCUUGAUUUUAUUGUUGCUCUGACUUGGUAAAUG